UAAUAUGUUACAAGAGUAUAUAAGUGAUCCAGUUAUUCGCAAAUUCACAAACAAAGCCGCUCUUCUUCGCUGGCUUUAAUCGCCGCGGUUGUUGUGUGAGUUCACGGUCAGUAGCGCCUCCUGUCGCUUGAAGGCGGUAUUGACUGAUGUCCACACUGCUGUAAUGCAAUGCGCCACACCGCCACAGUGUGUCUUUCUCCUCGCAAACUUACCAUCCCGCGCUAGCGCAGUGGAGGAAACGACAGCUUGACAACAUCUCUCGUUUCACUAGACGAGGAAAACAAUGCCAUUAACUCCAGGUGCACAGAGUUUACGCUGAUAUUGACACGAACCAUCGCUGUAUCAUCUAUGUGGAGCGGGACGGGACAGGUGCACGGGGUGGAGGGCUACAUCAGAAAGAAGACACAGAACCAGAAGAGUUUAAAAGCCCAUAAACACCGAUACGCUGCCACAGUCGUCUUCUCGGGUGCGUUUCCGGCGUGUUUCCCAGUGCGUAAAAACGCACGAGCAUCGGGAGAUUCCAAGAGUGAAUUGAUUGCAACAUCACGACCGCGAGCUGCGCGUGCAAGUGUGUGACCGCGCUGCAAACACAACGACAGGAGCGUCCCCGCAGAAGUGCACUGAUCUUUCCAAUCUUUAUAUAUGACAGCUCGUGAUUGCAUGCAUCAGCAGAUGGCUGAACUGAUUUAGCUGAUCACUGGCACUCGAACUAGCGUGGGAAUCGAAGGAGAGGACGAUGUUGUUGAAGGAAUACCGGAUAUGCAUGCCACUAACAGUGGAAGAGUACAGGAUUGGUCAGCUGUACAUGAUCAGCAAGCACAGUCAUGAGCAGAGCGAGAGAGGAGAGGGUGUGGAGGUGGUGCAGAACGAACCGUAUGAGGACCCCAACUACGGCCCGGGACAGUUCACUGAGAAACGCAUUUAUCUCAACAACAAGCUGCCCAGCUGGGCCAGAGCUGUGGUUCCCAAAAUCUUCUAUGUGACGGAGAAAGCGUGGAAUUAUUAUCCCUACACCAUUACGGGUAACUACAGCUACUUACCUGCAAGCACACAGUGCCAUUUAAUUGGUUAAAAUAAGAGUGCACCCAAAAAUAUAAAAUGGCUGAAAAUGUUCCAAGAUGAGUGCGUUUCCUCACAGAACAGAUCCGGUAGAAAUGUAGCAUUGGGUCACUCUGCAGUGAAUGGGUGCCGUCAGAAUGAGAUCCUAAACAGUUCAAAACUGACCGACAUAUAUUGUUUCGGACUGUUUUCUCCUCUAAAAAGUGUUCAGUGCAUAUUUCUCUCUGG